UUGCUUCUGUCUGUCGUCGGACAAUUAAGGAGAUGCACCGAUUCUCAUGUUUUCGUCUCGUGAAAAGUUCUGUGGUUGUUUAUAAUAUAUAUAUAUAGACAGUAUAAGUGUCUGUAUGUUGCUCAUUACGUGCACAACUGACCGAUUUUAAUUGCAAAUUUGUGAAAAGCUGCGUGCUGUCAGACAGUGAGGAGGAGGUCAGCUGAUGAGUCCCGAUGCUUUCAUUUCAGGAUGUCUGACUUUGGCACAGAGUCAAAUCCCUCCACAGAGACUUAUAAGCAGGGAUCAGCUGGUGAAAGUGCUUUUAAAAAACGACUCGGUAUUAUUGCAACUUGUGUCGUCGGAGGGUCAUUGGUCGCUCUGUAUGCAGUGACUGGACCGUUUGUUGCACCAGCACUGAGGAAAGUAUGUCUCCCAUUUGUACCUGCAACAAGGACACAGAUUGAAAACGUACUUAAGGUUUUGAAAACUAGAUCAGGGUCUCUGGUGGAUAUCGGCAGCGGAGAUGGACGAAUAGUUAUCGCUGCAGCAAAAAGUGGCUUCAAGGCAGUAGGAUUUGAGCUGAACCCAUGGCUGGUCUGGUACUCCCGUUACAAAGCCUGGAGGGAAGGUGUUCAUCACAACACAUCUUUUUAUAUUUCUGACCUUUGGAAGGUCAGUUUUUCAGAGUACUCCAACGUGGUCAUCUUUGGGGUUCCUCAAAUGAUGGAGCAGCUUGAAGUCAAGCUCCAAAGAGAGCUCCAGAGUUCAGCCAAAGUAGUAGCUUGUCGCUUUCCAUUUCCCACUUGGACUCCUGAUGAUGUCGCUGGAGAGGGAAUUGAUACUGUUUGGGUUUAUAAUGCCAAGACAUUCAAACCUCCCAUCAGAAAUGAUAAAGACAGUGAAAGACAAGAACUAGCGACAAACUAGGAAAACUAAUUUCUUUAGAGAGGCUUUUCUUUCUUUACAAUAUUGACAAACAUUUUGUCUCUCAUGUAAGCUUGAAAAAUACUACCUAUUUUGGCUGCAUAUUGUUCCUAAUUAAAUAUCCCUUUGUUUUAGUAAAGAAAAUAAGAAUCCGUUUGUUUUUUCUGCAUUUAUAUUAUAUGAUAAAGAAAACGAUUUUAUGUAUUUUCUCAGAGGUGUGGAGUUAAUUAAGUAAAAGUUAGGGGUGUAAAGAUAUUCAAACCGAACUGAAAAACCGCGAUACACCACCCAUGAUAUGCAUCAGGGUACUCUUGGUACGUACCUCGGUCCGCCCCAGCCCUUGCGCGUGUCACUCAAAUACUGAUUUCACUUUCAAGACUUGCGUUUGAACUGACAAACUAACACAAAAUGUCAACAUGCCUGUC